CAAAUUCCACGUCAUCAUUUCCCAAAUUUCCACAAUCAGGCGCCAAACUGAUUAUUCUCCGUUUAAUGUAUAUAGGGAUUUGAUUUGCGUUAAGUUUUUGAUCGAUCGAUCAUGGCGUCGGGGAGGACUUUCAUUCGUCAAGCUGCGGCGAACGCCAAGCAUCUCGGCGGUGUUGCCGUCCGGAGAUUUUCGUUGGCGGCGCCGGAGCUACCUCCCUUCGAUUACGUGCCGAAGCACUACACUGGACCCUUGGCCGAUGAAGUACUUGCCAAGCGCAAGAAGUUUCUUGGUUCUUCUCUCUUCUACUAUUACCAGAAGCCUCUUAAUAUUGUUGAAGGAAAGAUGCAAUAUUUGUUUGAUGAGAGUGGCAGGCGCUAUCUUGAUGCAUUUGCUGGAAUUGUUACUGUCUCUUGUGGUCAUUGCCAUCCUGAAGUUUUGGAUGCUAUUAUGGAGCAAAGCAAGCUUCUCCAGCAUGCUACAACUAUAUACCUACACCAUGCUAUAGCUGAUUUUGCAGAGGCCCUGGCAUCUAAGAUGCCUGGAAACUUAAAGGUUGUGUAUUUUGUAAACUCUGGGACUGAAGCAAAUGAGUUAGCUAUGUUAAUGGCACGACUAUACAGUGGUAAUCUUGGAAUGAUUGGCUUGAGGAAUGCAUAUCAUGGUGGAAGUUCUGGUACAAUAGGACUAACUGCCCUUAACACAUGGAAAUACUCAAUACCACAGGGUGAGAUUCACCAUGUUAUGAAUCCAAAUCCAUAUCGUGGAAUCUUUGGUUCUGAUGCCAGUCAAUAUGCUAAAGAAGUACAAGAUCACAUUGAUUAUGGUACUUCAGGGAAAGUUGCUGGUUUUAUUGCUGAAACCAUUCAGGGAGUUGGAGGAGCAGUUGAGCUAGCCCCUGGAUACCUAAAAUUAGUUUAUGAUAUGGUGCGCAAGGCUGGUGGUGUCUGCAUUGCAGAUGAAGUGCAAUCUGGAUUUGGUCGUACAGGAAGUCACUACUGGGGUUUUGAAACACAGGGGGUCAUUCCUGAUAUAGUUACCAUGGCAAAGGGUAUUGGUAAUGGAUUGCCUUUGGGGGCAGUUGUCACAACGCCGGAAAUAGCCAAUGUAUUGGCUCAGAAGAUACAAUUUAACACCUUUGGUGGAAACCCUGUGUGCUCUUCUGGUGGACUUGCAGUUCUCAGAGUUAUUGAUAAGGAGAAGCGUCAAAAGCAUUGCGCUGAUGUUGGUUCACACUUGAUUGGACGUUUAACCAGUCUUCAGGAAAAACAUGAAAUUAUUGGAGAUGUGAGAGGCAGAGGCUUAAUGGUGGGUAUAGAACUUGUCACCGACAGAAAAGAGAAGACUCCUGCCAAGGCAGAAACUGCAGUUUUAUUUGAGAAGCUCCGAGAGCUUGGUGUUCUGGUUGGAAAAGGGGGACUCCAUGGGAAUGUUUUCAGAAUAAAGCCGCCUAUGUGUUUCACCAAGGAAGAUGCAGAUUUCCUGGUCGAUGCUUUGGACUACGCCAUGACAAGGUUGUGAGAAGAUGUAUACUCAGACCAGCGCAGGCAUGACUUCUUAGCCUGUCCUCUUAUAAUUUGCACCAGUUCUGGUAAAGAAGCUUGACUCAAAAGUACAUCUUUGGACAUUAACUGGCGUUAGUAAUUAUUUCCUUGAUGGUGGAAAAUAAAAUUUUACUUAUGAAUUAAGAAUAUAUUGUGUUGUUGAGGGUCGUCGAAUGGUCACUAUGUCCGAUAACAAGGACAAUUAAUCCCAUAUUCCUGGCCCGUCCAAAGUAAAUCUUUGGACAGUAACUGGCGUUAAGAAUAUUGUGUUCUUAAUUAUUUAUUAAAUUUUUAACUUUUUCAAUAUUA